CGUCAGCUGUUUGCUUACCAAUAGCCCGCGAUUCACUCACGCUUGUCACCAUCAAGAGGAUGAGGAGUUUUUCUAGAUUUCGGCCUCGAUCCCGAUCUUCCUGAGCGCUAGUGUUCCCGCUAAACGAUGUUCUUGCGACUCUGGCAUCGGAGCUUCCACAUCCAUGACCUUCUUUUCGCCAUUGGAUUGAUCACGCUCAUAGUUUACCUGGCACUGCCCUUCCGGUUCGCGUCUCACUACGAGUACAUCGAGGGAUCACGGAUCGAGGCGGCUUUGGUCCAGCAAGUUACUCGAAAUAUAUCUCUUCAGGGGGUGUUCGAGUGCAGAUACGUUGAGGUUCUGGAGGAAAACCGAUUUGUGUACAAUCUUGCUCACUACCAUGAGGCUGUUCAUCGUCAGGAGGAGAUUCGUCCCGGUGGCGAGUUUCGGCCAGAGCAGUGUCAGGCCAAGUACAGCACUGCCAUCAUUGUUCCCUAUAGGCAACGAGAGGAGCAACUGCACACCUUUCUCACCUACAUGCACAACUAUUUGCGCCAGCAGCUGAUCCAUUAUCGGAUUUUUCUGAUUGAGCAGUUCGACCAUAAACCUUUCAACCGGGCAAUGCUCUUCAACAUUGGGGCACAGGUAGCGGCUGAAUAUGGGUUCCCCUGCUUGGUGCUCCACGACGUGGACCUGCUGCCACUCAACUCGGGUCAGAUGUAUGCUUGCACACCACUGCCCCGACACAUGUGUUCGGCCCUGGAUCACUGGCGCUUUCGGCUACCUUAUCGAGGGCUAUUUGGCGGCGUGGUGUCCAUCAACACCGUCCAGUUUCAGCAGAUUAACGGGAUGUCAAACCUGUACCAUGGUUGGGGCGGCGAGGACGAUGAUCUCUACGAGCGUCUAGUGGCGCUGGGUAUCGAUAUAUGUCGUUUUGCACCGGAGUUUAGCGAGUACACCAUGUUAAAACACAAGCCGGAGCGGCCCAACGAGAACCGAGUGGCCCUGCUUAGGGCUGCUACACUUCGCCAGCACUCUGAUGGACUCAACUCCCUGGUCUACAAGGAGGUAGAACGCCGUAUGCACAGCCUAUUCACUCAUGUCCUGGUGGAGACCUGAGGAGGAUACCAGUAUUUGUUAUCUAGCUUGUAGGCCAAUUGUUUUUGUAGCCAAAGAUUUUGGUGCACUUAAGCUUAGCAAUUAUGGAUUAACGGCAGCCUUAGACAAUGCGUUCCGAUUUGCUCGUGAUAUAUGUAUAUCUCACUCACUAGGCUAAGCUGAAAGUUCGGGAGGAUAGUUAUAAAAAUCUGUUAACUAAACACAAGAGAAAGAUCUCAGCAAAAAUAGAUAUCGCCAAAGAUAUCAUCUUGAGCACUUUCUGCGUCUAUCAUUAAUAAAUGGAUUUAAAUUUAAA